CACCGAGCGAAGGACGCGACCAACCCGCGCAUCAACCCACUGUGUCGCCUAGCCACCGCCAGGAUCGCAAACGCCCGAGGGUAGGAUCCAGUUAGGACAGACAAGAGGGCCAAGGACCAACGUGUACAGAGAAAGGAGAGACAAGAGAUCAUGGAAGCCGCUCCGAAUGGACCGGGGAUACCGAAAUGGAACACCUUCAAUUAUGGCAUGGUUUGCUUUUAUUCCAUCGGUUUACAUGCUAGUAUUUCGCUUCCAUAUUACCUGGUGAAAUACUCAGUGACGUACCUUCUGGCUCAUUACAUCAUACUGCUCUCUUUCUGUAUACCAAUCUGCUACGUCCAAAUAAAGCUCGGCGCCAUCUAUCGGCAGAAUAUCCUCGGGAUCUACAGUUUGCUCAUACCCAUUCUGAAAGGCUGUGCUAUAACCAUCCUGAUCCUCUCCUACAUCAGGAGCCUGACGGGCAGUCUAGAACUCAGCUACUGUCUCUACUAUGCCUUCGCCUCCUUCUUUUCCCCGUAUGACGAAUCUUCUCACCCAAACCACUCGGAAAUGUCUGGUCACCAGAGGCCAAUUGUAUUCUUCAAGGAGUAUUUUCUCCAGAUUUCCGAUGGACUGUCCGAGGAAGGUAACAUGGUGUGGUAUUUGGCCAUUGCCCUACUGGUCACGUGGUUUCUACUCUUCAUGUGCACAGCUAAAGAACCUUCGUUUAUGAACAAGCUGGCAUUCGUCCUAUCGCCCACGGCUUUGAUUCUUCUGCUGGUGGUGCUCGUUUAUGGUUGGGUGGCCCCUCCUCCGGUGGCCCCCUCUGAGCCAUUUGGGAGUCUUGUGGAGGUCAAUGGUUCGUUCUCUUACCACGAAAAAAACAUCGACGAGGAACAGGAAGAUCAAGAAUUGGGGGUGUGGAGCCUGUCCCUGGCCAAACUCUACUCACCCCAGCCCUGGAUGAAUGCAUUGAUUCUGCACAUCUAUUCCCUGGGGCUGUGGUCUGGGGUCCUCCCUACCAUCGGCGCCCAUCUCUACAACAACAAAACCACGAUUGUAAGGGCUAACGUGAUCCUAUUCCUGGUAUACGGCUUGGUACCCGUGGUGUUCGGUAUUGCUUUCAUUCCAUUUAUUUCCACUAAUUCAAACUAUGGCAUGUUUGAAUACGGAGAAAAACUGAAACCGGGUUUGGGUCUCCUUCUUCUGGGAAUGUUUGGUAAAAUCCGCCACGUGCCCGGCAUUGCAAUGUGCCUGUACUUAGGAGUGUAUCUCCUCGGGAUGCUUCACAUGGUGCUGCAUCUGACUGUGAUUUGGGAGGCCCUGCUGUGUUCUCUGCCCACCUGUAUACUGCAGUUCUUCCGGAGAAGGUCUACGUUGGUGGCAAUACUGUCCUUCCUCUCUUUCAUAUUGUGCAUUCCAUACAGUUUCCAGAGCGGCGUUUACCUGUACAUGCUGGUCAACAGUUACCUGGACCGUCUGAUCUUCACGGUGAUCAUCGUCAGUAUCGUCCCCACAGUCAUCGGCUACAUCAAACAGAACCUGAUGUACCUGCUACUGGAGCGCGCCCUGAUGAGUCUGUGGUAUGGAGCCUCCUCUCUUGUUAUAGCGGCCAUGCUGAUCUAUUACUUUGCUGUGUACGUGUACCCAUUCCCCGCCACCAUUAGGGACCCUAAAGCUGAGGGGGUCGCCAGUGACGACAGACAGUGCUUGGGGUGGUUUGUAGCCGUCGGGCCCGUCAUCUUUGGUUUCAUACUGGGGGCUUUCCACGCCGUCUACACCGAGAAGGGCUCGUUUACCGAGAGAUGCAUACGGGCACUGAAAUCGGACAGUCUACAAACGGCAGACAGCAGUGAAUAUGACGUAUCGGAUAAAACGCCACAAACAACGUCGUCAAAAUCCAACAGUGACGUCACGUUGUCAAAAAUAGACACAGAAGUUGUGAUCGACAACCAAGACCUGUCCUCAGAUUUAGUCAAAGUGUAAUAAACGUUCAAUUCGAAUUCUUUUUUUUUGUAUUAUCAUAUAUGGUCUUUGGAAUUUCGAUUUACAAACGUUGACCAAAUCGUUGCAGUUUUCUUUCAUAGCAAACAUGCAAGUUCGACUUGUUAUGUGUGUAUUGCAAAUGAAAGCGAGUUUUCAGAUAAUGAAGAGUCUUACAGUACGGGUUUAUUUGUGUAUCUUUGGGUAACUCCUCUUUUACAUUAAUUACGGUUGUGUUGAUUUUAUUUUGAUAUGCUGGUUACAAAAGCACGGGUAUUAACGUACAUCGUCGCAAACAACGGCUAAUUUUGUACGAUCUUCUCCCAUCUAGUAGGAGAGAGCUGUGCGGACUCCGGGCCGUGGCUCGAGACGAUGGCUGGAGACGGAUGAAGGAGAAAGUGGUCGAUUGUAAUACUCCAUUAUAUUUUUAACUGUUGCAGACAUGUUCAUUUAAGCUUGUAAAUGGAGACUGUACAUCGCACAAAUUUUAUUGGUACAUUUAGUUUCUCUAUCAUAGGCUGUGCGGUUGUUGCUUAGACAUUGAUCUCUUUGCUACUUGUAUUCUACGAAAUGAACUAAAAGCUAGCCUUGCAAGUCUCUCUAUUUAAUACCAAGACACAUUCUUUUAUACCUGAUGAUGUCAAACGUGUUCAAUGCCAUUUGAGUAUGGUAGAUAGAGCUUUCAAAUUUCUUAACAACGUUAAAAUUUGUAAGAAAUAUAAAACAUUAAAACAACAGAGACCUAAGCAAGUCUAACUAAAAGCUUCAGUAAAUGUUUUGUCUUGUGAGAAAAUGCCAUUGCAAUGGGUGAUAUAUAAACACGAAAUAAAAUCUUUAUCUCAUCAA